AUUUUCCUUUUGUCUGAGUCGCUGGGAGCGGAGGGAACAAUUUGAGUUUGAGGAAGUGGCCAUUGGCUUCUCCGAGGAGGAGUCGGUACUAUUUAAAUCAAGAAGCGAAGAUUCCUUAUGGGGAUGUAAUGAUGGAGAAGACCGUCAGCUCUCUGGGUGAUUCUGUGAGCAGAAAUUCCCCCGAAGGACAUGACAAGAACAGAAAUACACUAAGCAAGGCUUUGAAGAAAUCCCCUAAUAAAAGCACUGAGGAUUCUAGUCCUCAAAAAUCAAGAAAUCUCGCAGAGUCCUAUAUGUCUACAAAUGAUAUAGGAAGCGGAGAACCAAAACAUUUCACAUGUUCUGAAUGUGGGAAAUGCUGUCGUUAUUAUUCAAAAUUUGUUCUCCACCUCAGGUCUCACACAGGAGAAAAGCCUUUCCCAUGUUCUGAUUGUGACAAAUGUUUUGUCAGUAAAUCAGAUCUUGUGAAGCAUAAAAGAAUUCACACAGGAGAGAGACCCUUCUCAUGUUCUGAAUGUGGUCAAUGUUUUAACCAGGGUGCACAUCUUGUUGCACAUUUGAGAUCUCACACAGGAGAAAAACCUUACUCAUGUUCUGAAUGUGGGAAACGUUUCAUGUGGCAGUCGAACCUUGUUAUACAUAAGAGAACUCACACAGGAGAGAAACCUUUCUCAUGUUCUGAAUGUGGGAAAUUUUUUGUCAGUAAACCAGACCUUGUGAGACAUAGGAGAACUCACACAGGAGAAAAACCUUUUACAUGUGCUGAAUGUGGGAAAAGUUUUAGCCAGCAUUCAAGUCUUGUUAUUCAUCGAAGAAUUCAUAAAAAGUAGAUAUUAUGUGAUUGCUCUGAUUGUGGGUAAUGUUAUAAUCAGCUCUAAGGUUUUAUGAGGCAUCAGUGUGUUUACAUUGGAAUAAGACAUUUUGUAUUGUGAAUGUGAUACAUACUAGAAAUGUUAUUCAGAUUUUGUUUUUGAUCCAGCAUAUCACAAUAUUGCAAAGCCUUUCUCAUGCUGACACUAUAAAUAAUAACUCCUAUUCCUUUUUGAAAAGGUGGUAUUUAUUUACGAUUAAGAUUUAUCUAGAAUUAAUUCUUAUUCUGCAAAGUAUAUCAGUUGUAAAUGUUGUCGGGUUUUUUUUUUUUUUAUAUAUAUAUACUUGCAAAAUAUAAAGUUUUGGUAAAUGAAGAGUUUUCAGCGACCUCAUUUUUAGCAUCCUUUUUCAGCCAGGAGUGAAAUUUUACUGAUAGUACAACACCAAGAGGUUUUCACCCUAAAUUCUUUAAUUAUGAACACAUGUGGUUUGCAAAUAUAACUUUCAUGUUAUUUUAAUUAUUAAAAAGCAAGUGUUGUAUAAGAAAUAAAGUUGAAAUAAAAUAAUAAUAGCCAAUGUCUCUUGUGCUCUCUUCUGAAAUGACUGUAGGUUUUCAUCUUCUUAAAGCUUGCAAAAAUCUAGUUACAAUUUGAGUAAUUCUCCUAUUAUUGUCAAUUGUGUCUGGUAAGUUGCAUCUUGUAGGGUUUUCUUUUAAUGUUGAUUUAAUACUAUGUAAACUACAUCCAAGUUACUUAUAUG